UUAACCAUGUUUAAAUAUUCUAUGGAAUAAUGUACAUAUGACUCUCAUUGUAUUUGGCAGUAUCUUCCAAUCAAUCAUCUCUUCUUCUCAAAGAUGAGCAUCAGUGAUGUCUUUCAGGACAGUCAAAGCAAAUAGUUUUAUCCAGAGCCUCAUGGGUUUUUUGGGGGGUGUAGCAAUUUUGCCCUAAUGUUAGUAAAUUUUAGUAAAAGCGCUUAACAGCUUCCUGGCUUCCUCCUAUUCUGACAGUGAUUAUAUUUUAUUGAAGAUGUUGGAUCCACCUAUUUUUAGUAGAAACCCUCAUUGUACGCCAUCCAAUGACACUGUCCCUCAGGAUCCCCAAAUUUGCAAGCUCACUAUCCUGAGUGCCAUUAUUGAAAUGUUACAAGAAUUGUUCCAUGGUGUUAUUGUUCCUUCUUUGCAUAGUUUUGGAAACAUGUGGCUAACUUCCCCCCCCCCUAGGUAUUUACAAAGGUUUUUCAAUCUGGGAUUGAUGAUAUUCUCAAGGUUGUGCCACCGGGCAAUGAAGAAAUGGCAGUCACAGGUUCCUUCGGAUCCAUUUCUACCUCAGCUUUAGGGAGUAAUGAAAUGCAGUUUGGAUCCAUUACCUUCCAGUCAGUGACUGGAGAUAUUGUUAUGGAAAAGACGGAUGUCAUUGUGAAUGUGACCAAUGAAAACUUUUCAUCCAAAGCAGGUGUCUCCAAAGCAAUUUUGGAAGCUGCUGGACCUGAAAUUGAAGCAGAAUAUGCAAGACUUGGAACAAUUCUAGCACUCUAGUUCUCAAGCCCAGGCAACAGCAGAUCUUUCAUGCAGCACCCAAAAAUCAAAACCAAACUCGAGGC